AUGAGGCUUGUCUUGGUUAAACCUACCAAUGAAACGGGCCUUCUUGACUCCACCGGGGCUGCGCUCAGCGAAAGAGUGCCGGAUCAUUGCAACGCAAAGCGGCACUCCGCCACAGGUGAGGCAGGGAUGCAGCAUCGCUACUCGGGAGCCGUCCAUCAGCACCACCACCAACACCAUCACCUCCACGCGGAGCACAGGGGUGGCCCUAGACAGACCGCACACCCCUUGCCAAAACAGAGCCAAGAGAACCUGCCCAGCCCUUUCAGUCAGGAAGCAUCAGUCAAAAGCCAAGGGAGCAACCCAAGUCUCGCAGACUGUUCCAAACCCUCCCUAAGUCAGCAGCAGAGUGUUGGAGGGGCUGCCAAAACUGCGAAUUGCCAACAAGAUCACUGUUCGUGCAGCUGCGGAUUGCAAGAGCAUCAACAGCUGUUGCAGCAACAGCUGCAGCAUCACAACCCUCCACCUUCCCUCCAGCUACAGGUUCAGCAGCAGCGGCUGCUGAGGAGCAGCCUGCCCAACUGCUGCGUGAGGGGAUCCGCGGAGCUGAGAAGCCAGCAGCCGUCUUUGCUGCAGCAGCACCACCGUGACAAAGACAGCCUGAGAUCAGGCGAGCAGCGGAAUCUAGCGUGGACGCCUGAUAGAUGCCAGGGAGCCAGAAACUCCGCUUCGCCGCGGAGUAAAAGCAGCCCGCUGUCCUCUGACAGUCGCCCGUGGCUCGAGGAGAAUAAACACAGACACGAAGGCUGUAAGGUGAAUGCGGAUGCCAACAGGCUGAGCCAUGCUGGAUCGCGGCCUUCCCUGUCCCACGGCGGCCCACAGUAUCCUCAGAUAGCCAUGAACAGCUGCAAGUACAAUGGGGGCAUAGUCAGACCACUCGGCAGUCUGGGGGCGUCCCGGAGGAACCUAGCAGAGCUGGACUCUGAGACACAGCCUUUGCAGACCCUGCACUCUUCCGGCCUGGAGGUGGUGGUCUCCAAAGGGAAUGGGGAAGACCCUAGUAAGCAGUCCAGCGAGAACCUUGUGAGGCAAAGACCAUACAGCACUCCGCACAAGAAGAACAAGGACAUUGGCUAUAAGCUCGGGCACCGGAGGGCGACACUCUUUAUGGUUGACAAUGGAGCAGACGACUGGCGGAUAGCCAUGACGUAUGAGCGUAUCCUGUUCAUCGUUUUGGAGCUGCUGGUGUGUGCCAUCCACCCCAUUCCAGGUCAGUACGUCUUCACCUGGACUGCCCGCCUGGCCUUCACCUACACCCCGUCUGUGGCAGAUGCAGACGUGGACAUCAUCCUCUCCAUCCCCAUGUUCCUGCGGCUGUAUCUGAUUGGCCGGGUCAUGCUCCUGCACAGUAAGCUCUUUACGGACGCCUCGUCACGCAGUAUCGGAGCCCUCAAUAAGAUCAACUUUAACACACGCUUUGUCAUGAAGACUUUGAUGACUAUCUGCCCAGGCACAGUCCUGCUGGUUUUCAGCAUAUCAUCAUGGAUCAUUGCUGCCUGGACUGUGCAUGUCUGUGAGAGAUACCAUGAUAAAGUGGAAGUCACCAGUAACUUCUUGGGAGCCAUGUGGCUGAUCUCCAUAACCUUCCUGUCUAUUGGUUAUGGAGACAUGGUGCCUAACACAUACUGUGGGAAGGGAGUGUGUCUCCUUACUGGAAUCAUGGGGGCCGGUUGCACUGCCCUAGUGGUGGCUGUCGUAGCCAGGAAGCUAGAGCUCACCAAGGCUGAAAAGCAUGUCCAUAACUUUAUGAUGGACACUCAACUCUGCAAAAGAGUGAAAAACACGGCUGCUAAUGUACUCAGGGAAACAUGGCUAAUCUACAAACACACAAAGCUUGUGAAGAAGGUUGACCAUGCCAAGGUCCGGAAACAUCAGCGCAAGUUUCUGCAGGCCAUUCACCACAAAUCGGCCUGUGUUGUGGAGAAGGUAACAACUGCAUCUGGAGUGCAGGGAACUAUGGAGGUCUGG